AUGGGUUCAUCAUUCACAAAAAUGCUAUCCUAUUUUCCUCGGAAGGAACAAGUUCGCAUGCUUAUGUUGGGUCUCGACGCAGCUGGUAAAACUACUAUUCUUUAUAAGAUGAAACUCAGUGAACUCCUGACAACGAUUCCUACGAUUGGUUUCAAUGUAGAAACACUUGAAUUUAAAAAUCUCAGCUUGACAACUUGGGAUGUUGGUGGUCGCGAUAAAAUCCGACCUCUGUGGCGACACUAUUAUCAAAACACUAAUGCCAUAGUUUUUGUAGUCGAUUCAAAUGAUCGAGAACGAAUAAAUGAUGCCUCUGAACAGUUGCAUUCGAUGAUCAAUGAAGAUGAACUCCGUGACAAACCGCUUCUCAUUUUAGCCAAUAAACAAGAUUUACCAAAUGCAAUGUCGACUAUUGAAUUACAAGAUAAACUUGGUUUGGAUAAAUUGACUAGCCACAGGAAAUGGUAUGUACAAGCAACAGUAGCUACAACAGGCGACGGUCUUUACGAAGGUUUUGAAUGGUUGACAAAGGCAGCGACUACAUCUUUUUCCGGUUUUGGUCAAGUCUGGAAUAUAGCUUUCUCCGGUGUUGGAGAAAUUCGAGCUGCAAGAUUCUCUAAUUUUGGGACAACUUGA